AGCGCGACCUGUGACCUGCGCUCGAGGCUGCGUCAGAGGCGGCUGCAGACGGAAGUGCCGCCGCGGCUGGGCUGCGGGGCGGCGGGGCUGUGGGGCCGCGGCGCCGGGGCUGCGGGCGGCCAUGGAGGAUCCUGUUCAAGAUGGGGUGGCCUCACCAGCCGCCCCUGGGACCGGGAAGUCUAAGCUGGAAACAUUGCCCAAGGAAGAUCUUAUCAAGUUUGCCAAGAAGCAGAUGAUGCUAAUACAGAAAUCUAAGUCAAAAUGUACAGAAUUGGAGAAAGAAAUUGAAGAAUUGAAAUCAAAAACUGUGGUUGGAGGAACGGAUGAUAUUGUUAAGGCACUGACUGAGCGUCUGGAUGCUCUUCUUCUGGAAAAAGCAGAGACUGAGCAACAGUGUCUUUCUCUGAAGAAGGAAAAUAUUAAAAUGAAGCAGGAGGUUGAGGAUUCUGUAACUAAAAUGGAAGAUGUGCACAAGGAAUAUGAACAAUCACAAAGAAACUAUGAGAAAGAAGUGGAAAAUUUGAAAAAUGAAUUAAUUGCAGUACAUUCCAAACACAGUGAUGAUAAAGCUAGCUUGCAAAAGGAACUUGAAGAAGCAACAAGAAAACAAUUAGAGCUUUCAGAACAACUUAAAUUUCAGAGUGGCUCUGAAGAUAAUGUUAAAAAACUGCAAGGAGAGAUUCAGAAAAUUAGGCCAGCCUUUGAGGAACAAAUUUUAUAUCUGCAAAAGCAGUUAGAAGCUGCCACAAAUGAAAAGGAGCAAGAAAUUACUCAGCUCCAAAAAGUCAUUGAGGCUAAUUCUCAGCAUUACCAAAAACAUGUUAAUAGUUUGCAAGAAGAACUUUUGCAGUUGAAAGCUGCACACCAAGAAGAGGUGAAAGAAUUGAUGUGCCAGAUUGAAGUGUCUGCUAAAGAACAUGAAACAGAAGUAAACAGUUUAAACCAGCUACAGGAGAACUUAGUCAAACAGUGUGAGACAAGUGAGAAGAACAUUCAGGAGAAAAACAAAUGUGAAGUAGAAAACUUAGAGAAGGUCUCAAAUGCAGACCAAGAAAAUCAGAUGUGUUCUUUGCUCUUAGAAGAAGGUACUUGUGUAGAACAAGUAGUAGAUGAAAAAGUCAAACAUUUAGAAGAUACCUUAAAAGAAUUGAGGUCUCAACAUAGUAUCUUAAAAGAUGAGGUCACUUAUAUGAAUAAUCUUAAGUUAAAACUUGAAAUUGAUGCCCAGCAUAUAAAGGAUGAGUUUUUUCACGAACGGGAAGACUUAGAGUUUAAAAUUAAUGAAUUAUUACUAGCUAAAGAAGAACAAUGCUGUGUAAUUGAAAAAUUAAAGUCUGAGCUAGAAGAUUCAAAUCAACAGUUUUUCUCUACUAUGGAACAACAUAACAAAGAAAUUCAGAGUCUUAAGGAACAGCAUCAGAAAGAAAUAGCAGAACUAAAUGAGACAUUUUUGUCAGGUUCAGAAAAAGAAAAAUUAACGUUAAUGUUUGAAAUACAGGGUCUUAAGGAGCAGUGUGAAAACCUACAGCAAGAAAAGCAAGAAGCAAUUUUAAAUUAUGAGAGCUUACGAGAGAUUAUGGAAAUUUUACAAGCAGAACUUGGGGAAUCUGCUGGAAAAAUAAGUCAAGAGUUUGAAUCAAUGAAGCAACAGCAAGCAUCUGAUGUUAAUGAACUUCAGCAGAAGCUCAGAACUACUUUUAAUGAAAAAGAUGCUCUUCUUGAAACUGUGAAUCGUCUUCAAAGAGAAAAUGAAAAGUUAUUAUUGCAACAAGAAUUUGUACCAGAACUUGAAAAUACCAUAAAGAACCUUCAAGAAAAGAAUGAAGUAUAUUUAGUUAGUCUCAGUCAGAGAGAUACCAUGUUGCAAGAAUCUGAAGCAAAGAUAAGCUCUCUUUCUGAGGAAAAAGAUGAUUUCAUAAGUAAAAUAAAAAGUUCUCAUGAAGAGAUGGAUAAUCUCCAUAAAAAAUGUGAAAGAGGAGAAAGAUUAAUUUUAGAACUUAGGGAGAAAGUAGAGCAGACUACCCAGUACAACAGUGAACUAGAACAAAAAGUAAAUGAGUUAACAGGAGGACUAGAAGAAACUUGGAAAGAAAAGGAUCAAAAUAACCAAAAACUGGAAAAGCUUAUGGUUCAGUUGAAAACUCUCUCUGAAGAUCAGGAAGCAUUGUCAUCUGAGGUGAAGUUUCUUCAUGAGGAAAAUAGUAGACUAAGUUCAGAAAAGAACCAAUUGAUGAGGGAUUUGGAAGCUUUCCUGUCUCAAAAAGAAGGAGAUUCUAUGCUUAAGGGACAGAUUUCUGAAUUAGAGAAGAAACUUCAGUUAAUAGUUGAAGAACGAGAUAAUCUAAGUAAACUGUUUGAAAAUGAGCAAGUUCAGAAGUCAUUUGUCAAAACCCAGUUAUAUGGUUUUCUUAAACAAAUGAAGUCAAAGGUUUCACAAGAAAAUGAAGAGCAAGAUGUUGUAAAUGUCCUCCAAGCCAUGGGUGAAUCCUUAGCUAAAAUGAGUGAGGAAAAACACAACUUGGUUUUUCAGUAUGAUAAAAGAGUAGUAGAGUUGGAAAAAGAGAUUAAGUUCCUUCGAGAAGAGAAUGUAGUUCAAUGUAAGGAAUUUAGCUCUUUACUGAGAGACUAUGAGCAAGAGAAAGUUCUCUUAAGGAAAGAGCUAGAAGAAACCUUGUCAGAAAAAGAGAUGCUGCAGUCUGAUCUACUAGAAAUGAAGAAUGCUAAUGAAAAAACAAGGCUUGAAAAUCAGAAUCUUUUAGUUCAGGUUGAAGAACUAUCUCAGAAUUUAUGUAGCAAAAAUGAAGUCCAUAGUGAAAAAGAAAAAUGUUUUACAAGGGAACUUGAAAACCUAAGGCUAUUACUGGAACAAAAAGAAUCUGAAUUGCAAGAUGUGAGAGCAGAGUUGAUAUUGAAGGAUUCCUUAGAGAAAUCAACUUCUGUAGAAAAUGAUCAACUUUCAGUAAAAGAGCUAGAAGAAAAAAUAGGAUAUUUGGAAAAAGAAUCCAAAGAGAAGGAUGAAAAAAUAAAUAAGAUAAAACUAGUUGCUGUGAAGGCAAAGAAAGAACUAGAUUCCAGCAGAAAAGAGGCCCAGACUCUACGGGAGGAACUCGAAUCUGUUCGAUCAGAAAAGGAUCAUUUGUCUACUUCCAUGAGAGAUCUCAUUCAAGGAGCAGAAAGCUAUAAGAAUCUUUUAUUAGAAUAUGAUAAACAGUCAGAGCAGUUGGAUGUGGAAAGAGACCGUGCUAAUAGUUUUGAGCAUCAUAUAGAAGACCUUACAAGACAAUUAAGGAAUUCUACUUUUCAGUGUGAAAAAUUAAAUUCUGAUAAUGAAGAUCUCCUGGCUCGUAUUGAUACACUACAGUCUAACGCCAAGUUGUUAGAAGUACAGAUUUUAGAAGUCCAGAAAGCCAAAGCAAUAGCAGACAAAGAGUUGGAAGCAGAAAAACUUCAGAAAGAGCAGAAGAUAAAGGAGCAUGCCAGUUCUGUAAGUGAACUUGAAGAACUUCAGCUACAGCUUCAAAAGGAAAAGAAACAGCUUCAGAAAACCAUGCACGAAUUAGAGCUGGUUAGAAAGGAUGCCCAACAAACCACAUUGAUGAAUAUGGAAAUAGCUGAUUAUGAACGUUUGCUGAAAGAACUAAAUCAAAAAUUAACUAAUAAAAACAGCAAGAUAGAAGAUUUGGAGCAAGAAAUAAAAAUUCAAAAACAGAAACAAGAAACCCUUCGAGAAGAAAUGACUUCACUACAGUCUUCAGUGCAACAAUAUGAAGAAAAAAACACCAAAAUCAAGCAGUUGCUUGUGAAAACCAAGAAGGAACUGGCAGAUUCAAAGCAAGCAGAAACUGAUCACUUAAUACUUCAGGCAUCUUUAAAGGGUGAGCUUGAGGCAAGCCAGCAGCAAGUAGAAGUCUAUAAAAUUCAACUGUCUGAAAUAACAUCUGAGAAACACAAAAUUCACGAACACCUGAAGACCUCUGCAGACCAGCAUCAGCGCACGUUGAGUGCGUACCAGCAGAGAGUGACAGCCCUUCAGGAAGAGUGCCGUGCUGCCAAGGCAGAACAAGCUGCUAUAACCUCUGAAUUUGAAAGCUACAGAGUCCGAGUUCAUAAUGUUCUAAAACAACAGAAAAAUAAAUCUGUGUCUCAGGCUGAAACCGAGGGAGCUAAACAAGAAAGAGAACACCUGGAAAUGCUGAUUGACCAACUAAAAAUCAAAUUACAGGAUACCCAAAAUAACUUACAGAUGAGUGUAUCUGAACUUCAAACAUUGCAGUCUGAACAUGAUGCUCUGCUAGAAAGACACAAUAAGAUGCUGCAGGAAACUGUGUCCAAAGAGGCGGAACUCCGGGAAAAGUUGUGUUCAAUACAAUCAGAGAAUAUGAUGAUGAAGUCUGAACAUGCACAGACUGUGAGUCAACUGACGUCUCAAAAUGAGGUCCUUCGCAGCGGCUUCCGAGAUCAAGUGCGACAUUUGCAGGAAGAGCACAGAAAGACAGUGGAAACUUUGCAGCAGCAGCUCUCCAAGGUGGAAGCUCAGCUUUUCCAGCUUAAGAGUGAAUCAGCCACAAGAAGCCCAGCCUCUUCCCACCAACCUUUGAAAAAUCUGCGAGAAAGGAGAAACACAGACCUUCCCCUUUUGGAUAUGCAUACUGUAACUCGGGAGGAUGGUGAAGGAAUGGAAACAACGGAUACUGAGUCUGUAUCUUCUGCCAGCACUCACACACAGUCUUUAGACCAGCUUCUUAAUUCUCCUGAAACUAAACUUGAGCCUCCUUUAUGGCAUGCUGAAUUUACCAAAGAAGAAUUGGUUCAGAAGCUCAGUUCCACUACAAAAAGUGCCGAUCACUUAAAUGGACUGCUUCGGGAAACAGAAGCAACCAAUGCAAUCCUCAUGGAGCAAAUUAAGCUUCUCAAAAGUGAAAUAAGAAGAUUGGAAAGAAAUCAGGAACGAGAGAAGUCUGUAGCUAACCUGGAGUACUUGAAGAACGUCCUGCUACAGUUCAUUUUCCUGAAACCAGGGAGUGAGAGAGAGCGGCUGCUUCCUGUUAUAGACAGAAUGUUGCAGCUCAGUCCUGAAGAAAAGGGGAAACUUGCUGCGAUUGCUCAAGGUGAGGAAGAAAAUGCUUCUCGUUCCUCUGGAUGGGCCUCCUAUCUGCAUAGUUGGUCUGGACUUCGAUAGACUGGUGGAAAAACAUUAUUUGUUAACCAAAUAGAAUCCAUUUGGCAAAAAAGCUUCACAUAUAUUGCUCUCAUUCCUUUGUCAAAAAGUAUGUGUGCAUAUAUUCACAUCUACAUAUAUUUGUACAAUAGCUACGUCAGAUAUAUUUUAAAGUCUCAGCAUGAAGUACAAGUACGACAGCCGGAGUGUUGGUCCCAGUCCCCAGCGCUGAUCUGGGGCCUCCAAGCAUGCUGCCAGGGGGAGCGCCAGGGAGGACCCUCAGGACCCGCCUGUCUCUGGGCAGUACUGUGAAUUUUGAAGUUAAACUAAAUUUUGGUACCCUACCAAGUGGAAUUUAGGCUUUUAAAAUAAUGUUAGAAGACUGUUUAUUGCAGAGUCAAACUUGCAGAUCGAUUGUUAUUAGUUAUAAAUUGUUAAAGAAAAUUUGUUAAUGAGACUAUGAAGGAAAAUGCUUUCUUGGUAAUGUUGGCAUGUUUAUUAAGGGACUUUAAAGUAAAUAUGUUACAGUUGAUUAUGAGACUAAGUUAAAAUAGGAUUUAGUUAGAUAUUUAAAAUGAACUGUUCUUUUUUCCCUGAAGUAUAUUAUCUCAAAACUCAUUAUGUUGUCAGAAGGCCUGGUACUGGCUGGCAUUACACUGAGUAUGAAUAGCUGGGACCCCACAUUCCCUUGGGGUGCCUUCAUGGUGUCUCCCCAGGCUCGUUAUGGAUCAACUACUUCUAAGCUAUGAGUCUGUUUUGAGAAUUCUCUCCAUCUCCCCAAAUAAGAAUUUAUCAAAACAUCGACUAUGUUACUCAGCGUUGUAUCUAGGUGUGAAACUGGUGCUUCCGUGUUUGAGCACAUAAUGUCGUUCCAUACACUUUCCAUCGGGGGGCAUCUUAGAAAGAUGCCUGAGAGACCAGAGCCACGUUCUCACAGUCCUUGUGAGUAAGUCUGGGGGUGAUAUUCCUUUGAUGCCUCUGAGUAUAUUUUAUUGACUAGAUCAAAAUUGUGUUCUUAAAUCGUAAAUUUGAGAGUUCUAUUUUUAAUAUUUCUUUGUUAAAAAAAUGGCUGCACAGUAUGUUCUAUGAAGUUCUCUUAAGCCUUCUAAUUUAUACUCUCAUUUGAAGUCUCAGCUGGUGAACUGACUUUGUACUUUGGUGACUCAGAACACGGUUUCCAAUUUAACUGAAAUUUGCUGCUGACAUGUUGAGUUUGUUCUUUAAAGAAUAUCUCAUGUCUCUGUCUUUGCUCCUGUUUUAGAAGAACAGACCUAACUAGUGAAUGUAUUAAUGGAAAUGCAUCUAUUUCAGAGCUGACUUUAAAAGUUUAGUUUUUUUACUUUAUAAACUGUGAAGAUGAGUAUGCCAGCAGCAUACAGGCUACCUACAAUAGUAUUUAAAUACAUUUCGUUUUCUCUUUAAGUCCAAGCCUUUUUGAAGUCUGUAUAAACUUGGUUUGAAAUGUAGUGUCUACCUAUGAAUGUAAUAACAAAAAUGCCUUUUUGCAUGAUAAAAAAUUAUUACUUUGAUUACAAAAGGAAUAUUCUUUCAUGGUUUCAGCAAUGAGAGGAAAUGUAAUAAUUAUUUUAAUAUUUCUAUUAAAUUUGUUUAACUGUG